AUGAAGGUGCUCUGUGUGGCGGAGAAGCCCUCCAUCUCCAAGGCCGUUGCUGGCCACUUGGCAGGACGGAACCCUGAUGUUCACAACACGCGCUCCCAGUAUAUCAAGAACUACGGCUUCGACUUCGACUUUGGCGCACCAUGGGGCCCCUGCAGCGUCACCAUGACUGCCGUGCUCGGCCAUCUCACGGGGCUCGAGUUCACCGACGAGAACAAGAACUGGUCGCAUCCCCCUCCCGAGAGCUUGUUCACCGCACCAGUCGUGACCGUGGUGCCUCAGGACAAAAAGACUGUGGCCGAGAACAUUGAGCGCCAAGCUCGGUACUGCCAACUCCUCAUCAUCUGGACGGAUUGCGAUCGAGAGGGAGAACACAUUGGCAAAGAAAUUGUCAACGCCGCCAAGAAAGGCAACAAUAGAAUCACCGUCAAGCGCGCCACGUUCAGCAAUAUCGAGCGAGCGCACAUCCUGACUGCUGCACGACGUUUGACAGACCUGGACCAGAAGCAGGUCGAUGCCGUGGACGCAAGGAUAGAGCUGGACCUUCGAAUCGGUUACGCCUUCACCCGUUUCCUGACCAUUAGCCUUCGACCCCUUGGCGGGCCUCUGCAAGAACGCACAAUCAGCUAUGGCUCGUGUCAGUUUCCGACCCUGGGCUUCGUGGUCGAUCGAUACUUCCGGGUUCAAAACUUCGUGCCCGAGCAGUUCUGGAGCAUCAAGGUCAUGCACUCCCGCGAAGGCAAGAAGGUCAACUUCAACUGGUCCCGGAACCGGCUCUUCGACCGGAUGUCUGUUGUCAUCCUCUACGAGCGCUGCAUCAAGGCGAAGAAGGCCAAGGUGACAAAGGUCCAAGAGAAGCCGACGAGGAAGUGGAAGCCUCUGCCCCUGACGACCGUCGAGCUUCAGAAGGCGGCGACGCGCCUCUUGCGCAUGAGCGGUCAGCAAGCCAUGACGGUCGCGGAGGGCCUCUACAACAAGGGGUUCAUCAGCUACCCGAGAACCGAGACGGAUCGCUUCGACAAAGGCAUGGAUCUCAAGGCGCUGGUCAGGAAGCAAACGCCCGACAGCAGAUGGGGAGAAUACGUGCAGGGGCUCCUGGACGGCAACUUUCAUCAGCCGCGCGAGGGAAAACACGACGACAAGGCCCAUCCGCCCAUUCACCCCGUCACAUACGCGGCACCGACGGUGCUCAAUGCGGACGAGAAGCAGUUAUACGAGUACGUCGUGCGCCGGUUCUUGGCGUGCUGCUCAGAAGACGCCAAGGGCCUCGCCACAGACGUCGAGAUACUCUACGGCGAGGAGACGUUCCACACUCGCGGGUUGGUUGUCCUGGAGCGCAACUACCUCGACGUGUUUGUCUACGAAAAAUGGAACGAUUCGGCGCAGCUCCCGCAGUUCACGCCGGGCGAGAUAUUCCAGCCAACAGAUGCGAUGAUGACGGAUGGCAAAACGAGCCCGCCCGGGUACCUCACGGAAGCCGAUCUCAUCGCCCUCAUGGACGCCAACGGGAUCGGUACGGACGCGACAAUGGCAGAGCACAUUCAGAAGAUCCAAGACAGAGAGUACGUCCAGCUAGCGGACGGUGGCCAACGUGGCCAGGAUGGUGACGACGAUGACGACGACCAGGAUAGGCCUCCGUCGCCGCCAGCCAGAGGUGGCCGAGGCGGCCGCGGCAGUCGCGGCGGAAGGGGUGGCAGAGGGGGUCGCGGCGCGUCGUCGGCGGGGCGGAGAGGCCUCAAGGUCUUCAUCCCGACGCAGCUCGGUGUGGCACUCAUCACAGGGUUCGAUCGCAUGGAGUUCGAAACAAGCCUGGGCAAGCCCUUCCUGCGCAAGGAGAUGGAGAACAAGAUGAAGGCAAUAUGCGAGGGGCGCAUGACCAAGGACGCCGUCUUGCGGGAAAGUCUAGGUCAGUACCGGCAGGUAUUCCGGGACUCGCAGGAGCGGCUCAACGUCCUCAAGGCGGCGUGUCGCGAAUACAUGUCGAUUCGCGCGUAG